UUUGUGACACUCGCUUGUCUCCGCCGUUGGUCCUCCGCCAUUAACGCCACGCAGUCUAUCCACCUAUCGACACGCUAUUAUACACAUAAUCAAAACGGAAAAUACUAUCUACGCCAAUUGAGUGUAUGAAGAAAAUCAUAAAUAAAAUGCACACUGAAAAAUACGCCGUAAAUAUUUGGCUCGUGAAAUAGAAAGUUUUCGAAGCGAAGAGUGUUACGCAAACACCCGCUUAUACGCUUUUCAUUUGUGUGGGUGUGUGGGUGCGUGCGCGUUGGUCUCCAACACGGUCGGCUGUGUCCUUUCACUUUUGUGCGCUGAAAAUCAAUUAUUGUGCUGUGCGCUUGCAGUGAAAUAACGGUUGACACACAACGUCCAAACCCACCAGUUGGCAAAACUAAUUGUUGUUUUCACUUUUGUGGGCCCAUACAUGUGCGUACACAUACAUAUGUAUGUGGUGUGUGCCUUGCCCACAUUCUUGUUUGAGGAGUUAGUCCAUCAAGCGUACGCCUGCAUUAGUCGAAAUUCAGCCUUGCGCGUCACUCGCUUUCAUUAACGCAACGUCACUGCUGUUGUUUCACUUGUUCAACGUCUCGUCACGCGAAGGCGCGCGCCCGCACCGCCCACUUAAUUGGCGUUUUUGUUUAUCGGUACUCGCCUGCAAGUGCUCAGCAAGCGUUGAACUAUUUGUUGCACCUCCCUCCACAGCCAUAACCAUCGGCAGCACCACACCUCCAGCUUCCCGUCCAUAAAAGUUCAAAGCAUAUUUGCGCUUUCGUCGCUUCAUCGCGUUCACGUCGUCGUCGUUGUCGUCGUUGUCGUCGUCACUUUUAUUGACCGUCCCAAAUUUCGGUGAAUUUUCGGUACCUUCGAUCCUAACACCAACCGUUUGCGUGUUAUAUCCGAUUGUAAACGCGCUCGUUCUAUGCUCGUAUGUCUGGCUCGGAGCGUGUGAAUUGGUGUUCAGUCCUAGUUCAUAUGUUAUAUAAGCAUUCAGUGUACGUGUUGAGUGGGUGAAAGUUUGAUCAUUGCGCUGACGAGACGAACAGCGCUUCAGCGAAGAAAGUGAAAGCAAAACAAAACGCAAAAUAUACCAUAAGAGCAACGAAAGAGUGUGCGUAAGACACCGAGAGUGAGCUGGUUGCUUAUAACAGAUUUCCAAGUACAAAAUGCAAGUUGCAAGAAAACAAAGGUUAAUCGUACGAAGAACUAAUAAAAAUUCCACCACUUGUGAUUAGAAGCUGUAAAGAGAGAAAGAUCGCUUCGUUGCUUAGUGAAUCAAUUAUAGUUAAAAGGAUGGAAAAUCAAUAACUCGCAUUAAAAACCAUAACGGUCAACUUAACAAUUGCUGAAUAUAAAACAACAAAACACAAAAGAAUAAAUGCAACAAGAAAAUACAAAAACAACAAUUUUAAACCUGAAACAACGCAUUUAAACGAAAAAAGUAACCAACACUGACUAAACGGGUAUAAACCAGCAAAACUAAUUCAAAACCGAAAUAGAAAUGGCGAAUACCGCACAGCUUUUGCGGCGACAGAGUUCGCGAGACUUCGGUGGUGUAUUGAAAAGUCAAAAGAGCAUUGAUCAACUGGAACUACGGGAAAUGCGCGGUCGCUUGGUACCCAAAGAACACCAUACCAGCGGCACACAUCAUCAUCCGCAUCCCACCCACCACCAUCAACCCAUGUAUGGUGCCACUAAUCAGGCGUUUCUCGGCGAUGCUUUUGACGAAUCGACAGAGUUGGAACCGGACGGUUUCGGUUCGCAGGCGAGCACGAGCAAGUCAAAAGCAGAACUUGUCGCAGCGGUCUCGGCCACAGUGGAGGCACAAGCAGAGGAUAUUGUUGAGGGCGAAAAGGAGGGUGAAGAACGUGAAAGUUGGGACAACAAAAUCAUGUUUCUACUCGCCACAAUAGGCUAUGCCGUUGGCUUGGGUAACGUCUGGCGUUUUCCUUAUUUGGCGCAAAAGAAUGGCGGCGGCGCUUUCCUCGUGCCAUAUUUCAUAAUGCUGUGCAUACAGGGCUUGCCGAUAUUCUAUCUGGAAUUGGCUGUAGGCCAACGGCUGCGCAAGGGUGCGAUUGGUGUAUGGAGCCAGGUCUCACCGUAUUUGGGCGGCAUUGGCAUCUCAUCCGCAGUUGUCAGUUAUAUCGUCGCUUUGUAUUAUAAUACCAUAAUUGCCUGGUGCCUCAUAUACUUGUUGCACAGUUUUGAGUCACCUUUGCCGUGGGCCGAUUGCCCCACACGCCUCUAUGCCAAUUACACUUAUGACCAUGAGCCGGAAUGUGUGGCCUCUUCACCCACGCAAUUCUACUGGUAUCGCACCACACUUCAGUGCUCCGAAAGCGUCAAUGAGCCAGAAAAUUUUAAUUAUCACAUGGCUAUAGCGUUAAUAGUUUCAUGGUUUCUCGUUUACAUCUGUAUGGUGCAGGGAAUUACUUCGUCGGGAAAAAUUGUCUAUAUGACUGCCAUAUUUCCAUAUGUGGUGCUCAUAAUAUUCUUUUUUCGCGGCAUUACGUUGAAAGGCGCCUCAGAAGGUGUGGCACAUCUCUUCACGCCACGCUGGGAAACACUACUUGACCCGGUUGUUUGGCUAGAAGCCGGCACGCAGAUUUUCUUCUCCCUCGGACUUGCGUUUGGCGGCUUGAUCGCCUUCAGUUCAUACAAUCCUGCCAACAAUAAUUGUUAUCGAGAUGCCAUCUUAGUGUCUCUCACAAAUUGUGGCACUUCGAUGUUUGCUGGAGUUGUCGUCUUCUCGGUGAUCGGCUUCAAGGCCACAUCAACAUUUGAUCGUUGCAACGAGGAACGCCAAAGUUUGAUUGCGCAAAACAGGACUACAAACUUACCAGUAUGUGAUCUGCAAAAAGAACUGGCGAACAGCGCCUCAGGUACUGGCUUGGCCUUCAUUAUAUUCACCGAAGCGAUCAAUCAAUUUCCCGGCGCCCAAAUAUGGGCCGUGUUGUUCUUCCUCAUGCUCUUCACACUCGGCAUCGAUUCACAGUUCGGCACACUGGAAGGCGUCGUAACCUCGCUAGUGGAUAUGAAGCUAUUUCCAAAUCUACCCAAGGAAUGGAUUGUGGGGGGUCUUUGCUUUUCCUGCUGUUUAAUCUCAAUGUGCUUUGCUAACGGCGCUGGAAGCUAUAUAUUUCAGCUGAUGGACAGUUUUGCUGGCAACUUCCCGCUUCUGAUCAUUGCGCUCUUCGAAUGUCUGUCGAUCAGUUAUAUCUACGGUGUUAGAAGGUUCUCCGACGACAUUGAAAUGAUGACUGGUUCGCGUCCCGGCUUAUAUUGGAUGCUAUGUUGGAAGUAUCUCUCACCUGCUGCCAUGAUCACAAUAUUGCUGGCCUCGUUCUAUCAACUACUUACCGAGGGUAGCAGUUAUCCCGCUUGGAUAGCCGCUAAAGGCCUGACCGAAAAGCUUGAGUGGCCUCAUUGGUGCAUUGUUAUUGCAUUUUUCCUUAUACUAUCGUCAAUAUUAUGGAUACCGAUCGUGGCGAUAUUGAGAUUAUGUGGCAUUAAAGUGGUGGAAGACACAGAUCCUGCUUGGUUCCCAGAAGCCGAGCUCAAAGAGGUGCACGGCAUUGUGCCACACGAACCUACCGAAAUCGAACGCAGCAUAUUUUGUUUCAAUAUGGAUGGCACAGAGGGCAUGUGCUGUCCAAAAUAUGGCUUGCCAGAGAAAUCGCUCGAAGAAGAGGAGUAAAUAUACAAAAAAGCAAAGGAAUAAAGCGUAAAAAUAAAAAAUAUGAGGAAGAUCACAAAGGUGUGAUGAAAAUGCUGAAACGAGUGGUAUAUAUAAAAUGAAGUACAUAUUUAUUAAUGACUCACACGAAACCGUCGAGAAUAUACUUAAAACGAAAGAAGGCGGAUAGAAUAUGUGAAAAUUCGUAGAACGAAUGAAGUGAACAAAAUAAGUAAGAAAAGGACGAUGUUAUCAACUUUUUAUUUUAUAAAAAAUCUGCAUUUUUGGUGUUUUGGUGCAAAAAAAAAAAUGGUUUGGUGACUCAACUAUACAAUAAUACGUUAAGCAUGAAAUAAAUUAUAUAUAUAUACAUAUAAAUUAUACAUAAAUAUAUCUAUACAAGAGUAUAUAAUAUAAGUUAAUUCUGUAGAAUUACACUUAAAGACAAUAAUUUAAAGUAGCGCAUUGUUUAGGCAUAAGUUUAGACAAGAGAAUCUACUUGUACAUAUAUUAAAGUAUUUAUAAAAGUUAAGGACAAUAAUGUUGAGCAUACUUGAACAAAAGCUACACUGAUACAAAUACUUAGCGCCUAAAGGAAAUUAGAUUUUCCAUAAAAAACUCUUAGUUGAACUAAAUAAUUCACUUGACUUGAGUAUUAAGUGAGCUCUAACAAAUAAUCCUCCAAAAAAUAAUCUCAAAUUAGCCACCGAUUAUGAUUCUACAAGUAUUUAUACGACCGAGGUUGCUAAUAUUUUCAAUUUUAUUUAAGACUAUUUUAUUUUUUUUAUUAAUUUUAAUUUAGAUUUAGUGGUCUAUGUAGGUUUAAUUAAUUUUGAACUGAACAAAGGCAUUGUUAAAUAAAGCUAUAUAACUACAAGUGUUUCGAGAUUAGAAUAAAUUGGUGGCUUGAAAGGCAGCAAAUGGUUGCCAUUAACUUAAGCCAACUUAAAUUACUGCUACUUACAAGUCUAUCUUAAUUAAUCUCUAAAUGUUUCGCUCUCUCUGAACACAUUUUACGUGAUCAUUUGGGUGAUCCAUUGCGAGGAUCACUACAUUAAAAAAAAAACACAGAAACUUCAAAUUUAAAAGGGAAUUUUUAUUAUUAUUCGAAAGA